CGGCAGUGGGUCGACCCCUUUGUGGUUGCAGAUUUCCUGCUUUCGAAUAGCCCGGAGGAGGCGGAUAGAAACGUGCUGGACGGCGCGUCUGCACCCUACGCGCUGCUGCUGGCAACGCGGCACCAUGUUCGUACCAUCGACCCCGAGGACG